UGUCAGUGACAGUUCUGUGCGUUCCGUUGAGAUUUCGUGCGAUGUAUCCAGACCACGCCGUUUUCGUCUUCCAUCUUGCGUAGUCGGAGCUCGGAACUUCACGAUGGAGUGCCGCAAGGGUCGACGGAAAGGUCUACUCAGUGGCCUGGUGUUUGCGUGGCUCCUAACCAGCGGUUGCACCGUCGCAGCGCGAAAUAUAGGUAAGCUACACUUUAUCUACAACCGAUUCGAGAAACACGCAGAUCACAGGAACACGUGGCAAGAGAGGUACGAUACCGCGUACGCCUGCGAGGGCAAAACACUGAGGCUCGAGUGCGGCGAGGGAAAGCUGAUCCAGCUCAUCAGAGCGAACUACGGGAGGUUCUCGAUAACGAUAUGCAACGAGCACGGGAACACCGACUGGAGCGUCAACUGUAUGUCGCCCAAGUCCUUCCGUGUGCUGAAUAGCGAGUGCAACGACCAGCAGAACUGCAGCAUCGUUGCGUCCACGUUACAAUUCGGCGAUCCCUGUCCCAACACGCACAAAUACCUCGAGGCGCACUAUCGUUGCGUGUCCGCGGCAACAACCACGACAACAUCCCGUCCGAGUCCGCCGUGGUUCAUGACUUCUCAGCCCAGCGUUUGGAGUACGGCUAAGCCGACUGUCAGGCCUCCCUCUAGGAUUACUACACCCCCGGCUCAACAGCCACCCCAGCCGCCGGCACCGUCCACCCCGGCGCUUCCAAUAACCACCACGCCAAGCUCCACAUCGACGAGGUCCCCGGUCGAUAUGGAGGUCCUCGAAGUGGACCAAGACUUAAUACUUCCUGCGAAUGUUCCGUCUGCGAACGGACCUGCGGUACCUCCGGUCGUUCCUGAGACCACUCAGCCGACGACCACCUCGACCUUUGCUCCUUGGAGAACAAGUCGAAGGACCACUGUGCCGAGCACGCUGUACCCGGAGUCCAGCUCGAACGGCCAAUGGUACGACUACGGCAGACAAGUGUGUCCCCCGGUGAUAGCCAGGAACCUGUCGUGGAACACGACCAGGGCCGGCGACGUGGCAGUGCAGAGUUGUCCGGGUGGUGCGAACGGUUUGGCACGCUGGAGAUGCCUGGCUAGAGGGGAUUCCGCUUUCUGGCACCGGGACAGUCCAGAUUUAAGCGAGUGUCGCUCGGUCUGGCUGACCACGCUCGAGAACCGCGUGACGGAGGGCGACGUCAUCCUUGGUAUCAGCCGAGAACUGUCGCAGGUGACGAACAAUAGCAGAGGAUUGUACGGAGGAGACAUGAUGAUCACCACCAAGAUUAUCAAGAACAUGGCAGAGAAGAUGGCACAAGACAUACGGACGUAUCAGGACGCCAACCAGAGGGAGGUCAGUGUGACGGAGUUGCUCCAAGGUGUUGUCAGGACUGGCAGCAACCUGCUGGACAAGGCGCAAAUGGCGUCUUGGAAAGAUCUCAGCCAUCAGGAGCAGAUGAGAGUCGCGACCUCUUUAUUGAUCGGACUCGAGGAGAACGCGUUUUUGCUGGCCGACACGCUGAUGCACGAGAAAACGAUCACUCACGAGGGACGGAAUAUAUUGAUGGAGGUCCGCGUGCUGGACGCCAGGAACAUCGGCGACGAUCUCGAAGUAUUCCCAACCGAAGCGGAUCAGAAGAAAUGGACACCGUCAAACGAUCGCGUCGAGCUGACCAGAGGUGCCCUCCUCGAGAACAGCGAGGGUGGUAUUGUCCGUUUGGUCUUCAUGGCCUUUGACAGACUCGAGGAGAUCUUACAGCCACAAGCCGAAGUAUCGUCGUUGGUCAUGAACGACGAGCCACAACCACUGCCGAAAAGGAAUACGACCAGGCUUCUAAACAGCAAAGUGAUCUCCGCGUCUUUGGGCAAAGGAAGGCACAUUCAGCUCAGCGAACCUGUCAGAGUCUACUUCAAGCAUUUAUCCAUUGAGAACGUCACCAAUCCCACUUGCGUCUUUUGGGACUACAUUCUGAGCGCGUGGUCGGAAGAGGGAUGCGAAAUACGCAAAACCAACGAGACCCACACGGUGUGCGAGUGCAACCACCUCACGAAUUUCGCCGUUCUAAUGGACGUACACGCUGUCAGACUGGACAUCGCUCAUCAGGUCGCGUUGCAAAUCAUCACCUACAUCGGUUGCAUCAUUUCCGUGGUCUGCCUCGUUUUAGCGAUUCUGACGUUUCAAUUAUUUCGCGGACUAAAGUCGGACCGUACAACCAUCCACAAGAACCUGUGCGUGUGCCUGCUGAUCGCGGAGAUUUUAUUCGUUUGCGGGAUCGGGCAAACGAACCAGAGAAUUGUCUGCGGUAUCGUCGCUGGAUUGCUGCACUUCUUUUUCCUGUGCGCGUUCGCCUGGAUGUUCCUCGAAGGAUUUCAAUUAUACGUGAUGCUAAUCGAGGUGUUCGAAGCGGAGAAAUCAAGACUACGAUGGUAUUAUUUAGUUGCUUACGGUGCACCGUUACUGGUCGUAGCUAUCUCCUGCAUAAUCGAUCCACUUAGCUACGGUACCGAUCGAUAUUGUUGGCUACGAGCGGACAACUACUUCAUCUUCAGCUUCGUUGGACCUGUGAUACUCGUUAUAUUGGCAAAUUUGGUAUUCUUGUCGAUGGCGAUUUACAUGAUGUGCCGACACGCGAACGCCACCAUAGCGAUGAAGAGUAAGGAGCACUCGCGAUUGGCCAGCGCAAGUGGAAAGGAAGAGAAUGCUCUUCCCAACAAAUUGCAAGCGCACUUGGCAUGGCUGAGAGGAGCGAUCGUCCUGGUAUUCUUAUUGGGCCUCACAUGGACAUUCGGGCUCCUCUAUUUGAACCAAGAAUCCGUCGUGAUGGCGUACAUCUUCACCAUAUUGAAUAGUCUGCAGGGGCUGUUUAUCUUUGUGUUCCAUUGCGUUCAGAACGAGAAGGUGAGGAAGGAAUACAGGAAGUUCGUGCGCCGUCAUUCGUGGCUACCGAAGUGCCUGAGGUGCUCGAAGACGAUGACCGGAAGCUCCGGCGGUUCUUCCGGCACCAGCGGCGGCGCUGGUGGCGCAAAUGGCGGCAAGGACUUUGCGUCCCACAACACCUCGUCGAAUCCUUCGGCGCCAACCACCGACAGCUCCGGAUUGUCGCCGCAUGCCGCCUCCAAUUACUUGGCGUCCGGUCGAAGCUGGGCGAUAGUCGACAGGCAGCCGGCAGUAACAGUGCCAAGUGAAUCCUCUCCAACAGAGGCUCACAUCGUGGCCACGCUGCCGUACGCCCGUCACGCCUUCUUACCCUCAGCCUCAGCUCCUAAUUUCCCCAAAUCUGCCACCGCCACUUGGGGCCACCUUAACAAAAACCUCAUGUGGAAGAACAUUUCUUUUAAAUCGUACUCCCGCGACUCUGGACACGGCGGCUCCGAGCAGGAGGAGUCGCCCAGGACGCACAACACCCUGACCCUGGGCCAUUCUGGGCGAAACCGCGGUGCAAGGGUGAUGAACGAGAGCAACGAGAUCAGCGGUACCAGGACCAUCGGCGUAGGAAGCGGUCGGAGGAUUGCGAUGCCAUACAAACACAAGUACACCGAGAUCCUGGACGGCCGAGCGAACGGACCCGGACAUUAUCAGCUGCACGGACACCACGGUCAGCACGUGCACAUCCCGCGUGAGCUGACGAACGAGGACGAGCCGGUCUACGAGGAGAUAGAACGAGGCGGCGGCGGAGGCGGCGGCGAGAUCCAGGUGUCGGACAUGUCCGACGAAGACGGCAGAAGGCAAAGCGACAUGAGCAGACAGUCGUCGAGGAGUUACGGCGAUCACAGACCGCUGAUACCGUAUUCACCAGCCACCGAUAGGAAUUUGGUGCAUUACGGGCAAUCGCUGACGGAGCGUGGCGGUGGCGGUAACAUCCACUGCGAUGCGAACGAGUACAGUCCCGCGGUGGAGAGGACCCUGAACACUUGCUGGGAGAAGCUACGGAAGCAGCAGCCAGCCUGGUACGAGCGCGGAGAACUGCCCCGUCUGCCCGCGACCUACGGGAUUCCGCCUCAACAGGAUCACACGAGGACGGUCGCGGUUCUGGACGGGCACACGGUCGUCUGUCACCUGCAGCCACAGACAGACAUGUACACCGGUCGCGGGAUGCCGCCGCCUUCCUACAGCGAGUGUUAGGACACCUCGUUUGACAAAUCCGAUCUUGUCGUUCUCUUCGUCUUCCUGCACGAGGACGAUGGAUGCGCCCCUCCUCGCGUUGUGCCGAUCAAGGAGUCGCGUCCUCGCCAUGGAUCAAGAGAAUCGAUCGUGGUCCCUUAUAUCGACGACGGUGGUUCAUUCCUGAAGAGAGCUACGAUUCCGGAGCACCGAUGCGUCUCAGACUCGCUCUGUUCAUCCGAAUGGUCCGGGUGAACGGGACCGACGCGUUCUUAGCUCAAACGAAACAGCGGCGAUCGAGGACGCCCUGUUUCCUCUUAGCCAUAACGAUAUACCGGGCCCGGCCAAGGGAGGCCCCUCUUCUUUCUUUGUUUCCGUUUCUUCGGGAAUCGCGUGCACGAGGCUGCGAGCGCGGCGGAUGUCCACCGCCGACGGACGUGUCUGUCGUCUCGAGUUGGAUUCGUGCGACUGUGUGCGUGCGUGAGUGCGUGAAUGAGUGCGGCGAAGCGUCGAGAAUCGAGUUCUGUACGAUAUAGAAUCAAUUAAGCGGACCUCUUGUUAAAAGUAAUCAGUCGUCGUUGUACCGUCGAAGCCAUGCGCGCGCCUCUGGGAUUGGCUCAUCGAAUGGCGGAUAUGAUGUCGUGCGGAGAACGAUAAAACGUGACGAGUCCUCUUAGGUUACUAAGAUCUGCUAGGAGAACACCGGAAGAGAUAGGUUUCAAGGAAUAUCGCGUGCACGCAGUUAACGAAGAUCGUAACUUUCGGCCAAACUAUUUCCUCGCUCGAAGACGGUCUUCGCGUUUCUCGUCGAAUUUCCUCGAAACUUGUCCUCGCGAGCGUCGAAGUCGAGGGGGAAACUUGCUCGACGAUCUCGCCGGUGCAGUCUUUUUGUUAACGAGCGCGAUCCCGAUCGUUGGUCGAAGCGAAAUUAGAAGACAUAUCGAGAUCGGCGUUAAGGAUUUUGUUGCGAGCGCGUGGAAAUCGUUAGCUCGUUAACGAGCCAUGGAUCGGCGAGAAUUCGAUUUGGGUUUCCAAAGGGAAUCAAAAGGGUGACGACUCGAUAAAGGAAUCUGAAGCUAGUGUUCCCUGUCAAAGGUCUCGAAUUUCAUCGAACGGUGGACAGCGUUCAGUGACAUAUCGCGGAUCGCUGAUCGAUAAUUGAAACUCGCUGCAGAGCGUAGAGAAGAAAGUAAAGCUACUUAAUCGCUUAUUUCGAUUAACGAGUACCGUCUCUGUAUUAGCGAUCGCAUCAUAGAAAUAACUGCUUCUAAAGUCUACGUUCUUUCGAAAAGCAACCGUUUCGUGAAAUAAAUUUCGAAGUUCCAAUAAAAAAAAGAUAGAGGAACGUGUGUCCAUUUUGUGUAUCUUCGAUGAUUAAA